AUGUUUGGAUGGGGUGUCAAUUCUCAUGGUCAACUUGGUUUAGGCCCAUCUUCAGUAACAAGUUUUGUCUCUGUACCUCAACGUAUACCAUUUUUUAAUGACCAUACAUGUAUACAAGUUACAUGUUCAUUAACACAUUCAUUGUUUUUACUUCAUGACGGUACUGUUUAUUCUGCAGGAAAUAAUGAAUAUUCACAAUUGGGUAGAGAAGGACGAACAACAAUACCAGAAAAAGUAAUAUUACCACAAAAUGAUGAAGGUGUACAAAUAGCAUGUGGACAAUAUUUUUCAAUGUGUCUUACAACAACUGGAAGAAUUGUUAUUUGGGGCUCCAUUAGCGGAAAAAUAACAAAUGAUGAUGGUCUUUUUUAUAAUAUACCUGAACAUUUGGGAGGAUUUAAUGAUAGACGAAUAAUACAAAUUGCUGCCGGAUACACUCAUUGUCUUGGAUUGACUGAUGAUGGUACAGUGUAUGCGGCAGGACUUAAUGCACAUGGACAACUUGGAUUAGGACAUACGAGAGAUUGUAUAAGUGCUACACCAAUUACAUGUCUGCGUGGUAGUCCGAUUGUAUAUAUUGCCUGUGGCGCUUAUCAUUCUGUUAUUGUAUCUAAGAGCGGAACGGUAUUUGCAUGUGGCCUUAAUUCAUCAGGACAAUUGGGUCUCGGUGAUACUGAUAGUCGUGUGUGGCCAAGCAAUAUAAAAGCAUUACAACAACAAAAAGUAACAUAUGCUGCAUGUGGAGAAAAACAUUCAGUUGUUGUUACGCUCGAUGGUGGAGUAUUUUCAUUUGGGUCCGGUAUUCAUGGACAACUUGGACAUAAUUCAACAAAUGAUGAACUUUUACCAAGAAAAGUUUCUGAAUUAAUGGGAUCGGAAGUAACAGAAAUAGCUUGUGGAAGAUCCCAUACAAUUAUCUUCCUCCCUAAUACUGGUCAAGUAUCUGUGUUUGGUUUGGCUUGUGCUGGUACUCAAGAUACUAAACUAACAUCUUAUAUAACAAUACCACAAAAAUUACCAAUUCAAUUUUUAUCAUAUAAAACUAUGAAACAGCUUCAAAGACAAUUAUCUGAUAAUAAUGGCUAUUCAUCUCCACGAAAUACAUCAAAACAAGGUAAUAUACAAAUCAGUCAACAAAAUAUGCAAGUAUUAGGAAUUUAUGCUGGUGGUCAUCAAACAUUUGUUCGAAUUUCUCAUCAAGCACAAGCUCCUGAUGACUAUCGAACUUAUUAUACAAAUCGUCCAAUUCUUGAAUUAACACUUGAUUUUGCAAAAUGGCUCCAACAUGCGCCUGAAUCUUCAGAGACAAUGAAAGCUGCCAAACGAAAAUUAUCUCGCAUGUUUUGUUCAGAAGCAUGUUUAAAUGGUUCAUUUUUAGCAUUACCAGAUACACAUUUUCGUACAUCAUCAAAUAAUCCAGGUAUUGAUAUUGAUCAAGUUAUAGCUGUGAUGGAAAAAUUACGUUCAUGUGAUCCAGCAAUUCAACAAUUGUUAUUUGAACAUAUUCAGUCGAUACUUUUAUCAUUACCUGAAACAGCUCCAUGUUUUGAAGCAUUACGUGUUUAUCUUAUUUUACCAUUUUGUCAUAUAUUUGAAAAUGAAGAUAUGCUCGAAACAGUAACAGCACCAUUUGCUCAAGCAACAACACGUUUAAAACAAAAAGCUGAUGGUCGUGUAUUAGAUUAUUGGAUUUUAAAUAUUGGUAGACAUUUUGUUGAAAGAAUACUUGAAUUAUACAAGCCUCUUGUGAUUAAAAUUAUCCGUAUUAAUCCAGCAUCUUUACCAUUAGCUGCACAGCAAUAUCAAAUACUUUUAAAAGCUAUUUUAGAAUUACUUAAAAAAGUCCAUAAUGUUUCAUGUAACAUGGCUAAACCUGAAUUAUUAGGUUAUGAUGCAUUUUAUAUGAAAGAACUUAAUGACACAAUUAACCUGAAACAAGAUUAUGAUUAUUGGCGAGCACGUGGAAAAAUAGGAGAAAAAAAAAUGAUUUCAUUUUGUGAUUAUCCAUUUUUAUUUGAUCUUAGAGCAAAAAUUCUAUUACUUCAAUAUAAUGGACAACUUGAAAUGCAAGAAGCAAUUCAAAAUGCAUUUUUACAUAAUUUUCAAACUAUGUUGGGUGCACAUGUAGAUACAGUUAAUCCUGUACUUGUAUUACAUGUUGAUCGUAAGACAAUUGUUCGAGAUACCAUCAAUCAAUUAGAUAAACUAAAAGAAGAAGACUUUAAAAAACCAUUACAAGUCUAUUUUCAUAAUGAAGAAGGUCUUGAUGCUGGUGGAAUACGUAAAGAAUUUUUUCUUCUAUUAACUAAAGAAAUAUUAGAUCCGAAAUAUGGAAUGUUUACAUUUUAUGAAGAAACUAAUACAAUUUGGUUUAGUGAACAUAUGACUGAAGAUGAAGCAAUGUAUAAAUUAAUAGGAACACUUUGUGCAUUAGCUGUUUAUAAUAUAACAAUAAUUGACCUUCCAUUUCCAUUAGCUUUAUAUAAAAAAUUAUUAAAGAAAGGAAAAAUUGAUCUUGACGAUAUGAAAUCAUUAUCUCCAACAAUCUAUCAAAGUCUUAAAUCAGUAUUAAAUUAUACUGCAGAUGAUCUUGAAACAGCACUUUGUUUUACAUUUAUUAUUGAGCGUGAAUUUUGUGAUGAAAAAAGUCAAAUUGAAUUAAAACCAGGUGGUGCAUCUAUAAUGGUUAAUCAAAAUAAUAAACAAGAAUUUGUUGAUUUAUAUAUUGAUUAUAUAUUUAAUAAAUCAUGUGAGAUACAAUUUCAAGCUUUUUCAGCUGGUUUUCGUCGUGUUAUUAACUCUAAACCAUUAGAAUUAUUUUAUCCCGAUGAAUUAAUGUCAUUUGUGGUUGGUAACAACCAUUAUGAUUGGAAUGAAUUUCAAAAGAAAACUGAAUAUAAAGGAGAAUAUCAUGCUAAUCAUCCGGUUAUUCAAUGGUUUUGGCAAGUUUUUCACAAAAUGAGCGAAGCAGAAAAAAAGAAAUUUCUUCUAUUCCUCACCGGUUCCGAUCGAGUACCUGUCUUUGGAUGGAGUCAAACAUUACCAAUGACAAUACAACGCAGUCAUAUUGAUGAUAUUCAUCUACCUGUUAGUCAUACAUGUUUUAAUAUUCUUGAUUUACCGGCAUAUUCGUCAAAAGAAAUUUUAAAAGCUAAAUUACUUGAAGCCAUUCAGCAUAAUCAAGGUUUUAAUCUUGUUUAA